AUGGAAAACGAAGGUGCGUUGCUGAAGGCGGCACCGCGGCACGGAACGAAGGGGUUGGACGCCUUCCAGCUACAGGCCCCCGACCCCCACAGGGGGUGCACGGGGAUAACGGUGCACGACACCAAGGGGCAGCAAUUUUUCACCGAAGAAGAGGAAAGGUGCGGCGCAACUGCUCUGUUCGGGGGAAUGGUGGGGAAAGUGGGUAUGUUGCACAACGGGUUUGCGGAGCAGAUGCUCCAGGGCAAGGUGGAGGAGGGAAGCGCCGUCGAUAAGCAGAACUACAAGUGAGCCGAGACAUCAGCCACUCGAGACCUCUAACUCUUUGUAAUAUCUCUCUGGUGUACGGGCGCAAACCGCACUUUUUUUUUUUUUUCACCGCCUAAACUCCCCUUCUGGCCUCGCAAGGGUAGGGUUACAGAUAUUCCGUAACGUUUCUUCUACCCUUUGUCGGUGUCUCCUAUCUUUGUAUCAAACUCAAUCUACCCAUGUCUUUUGCCUCUCGGUCCUCUUCCGUGCCCUCGCGAACGAAGGUACUGGUUCAUGCUUGGCAAUUUCGGGUUCUUCAGCACGGCCAGCCUGGCGGCAGCACCUCACGUCGUGGUGAAUUUAUCCUUCGGUUUCCCCUGCUCGUGCAGUUGACUAGGCAGAGUGUUGGUUGCUGGCUCCUUUGUCACACCGGUAUAUUUUUUCCUGACUACACGGUAGGCGUGUCUGCCCGAGCCAUCGUCGCAUCAGAUGUGGACCUGGCCGUCCCAAUGCGGUCUCCGCUAGCCUCCCUAAUAAGAGCGCUUCUCAUGCGUAGUCCUGAGGGGCACUCGAACGGGCCACUCGAAGGGGGUUGUGACGUUAAGAAAGUAUUGGAGCGGUGACCAUUUCGAACUCUCUGUGUAUGGGUGUGUGUGUGUGAUCGCCGCCAAAGUGGUGUAUUCAGAUUUCUCGCGUUUGCGGUGUGUGUUUUUUGCCUAACGGGUCCUGUUUUUGUCAGACGGUGUGCCGAGAUGUGAAGGUACGGAUCCUCCGAAGGUGGUGAACAUCGUGUCCCUCUUCUUGGACGUGCUCUUUGUUGCGGGUGUUUGGUGGGGCCCG